CGUCAAUACAAAUGUCUAGUAAAGGUGGCCAAGGUCCUUUUGAGCAUAACUCUAAACAUUUUGCUUGUGGUUUGGCUAAAGGAAGGAAAAGGUAAACCCGCAGAGAUGGUCAUGGUUGCCUUCUUAUUCAUUCUGUUGUGGGUUGAUUUACAAGUAUUAGCUGAUAAGUCAGGUGAAUUUCACAUAACCCUUUAUGUGUUUGGAAGCACAGCCUUAAUUGUGGUGAAUUCCGUUGCACUCAUAAUAGAGAUGGUGAUUCUAGGAAACACAGGCUACCGUCUAGUGGGAGAUCUAGUGCUGAUCAUUUUACCUUUUGAAUCUGUUUUCCUGAUGUGCUGGUAUUUUUUACUUCUUUAUAGAAAACGAUCGAAGAAGAAACAGAGGAAUAAUAACUUAAAUAGUCAGAAUGCUGCUGAACCUCUGCAAAUGGAGACACUCACAUGAGAAAAGUAAAUAUUCAGAGAAUAAUUCUGUCUAAUUGAAGGUCAGCCAAAUAAAGACAGGAGAAAUCUGCUUGUGCCUUGAUGGAUGCUUUAUACUUUGUAUUGUUGGCCGUAUGUGAAAUAAUAAUGCAUUGUAGUGAAAUGCACAGUACUUUUUCAUUUGUAGUUGAAGAUGACUUGCUUUUCCAGAGAGUUUCAUUUUUUUUUUUUGCAGUUUCACUAUAAUGUAAAGUGGACUAGUGAAUCUGCCAUCAGAAAAGAGUCUUGUACUGCCAAGUAAUCUUUGUAAGUUAUUAGAAGUUCUAUGAGGAGCAUUCAAUAAUUUAUCUACCUCGUAGGAAAGAAAAGAGUUUUCAAAAAAUGUUUCUUUUAUUUUUUAAUAUUGUCCCCUGAUAGCUCCAUGCACUUCAUCCACUUUUCCAGCAAUGACUUAACCCCUUUGAAAAAAAAAUCUUCUGUUUGACCUUCAAACCAGGACGUUACAGCUGCCUUGACAUUGUCAUCACUUAAAAACCGCUGUCCACAGAGAGAUUUCUUCAAAACUCAGAACAGGAAAUAAUCUGAGGCAGCCAGGUCAGGACUGA